GAAAGGCAAUCGGUGCUCAUUCUUUGUGAGAGGCCUGUGGAUUCAGCCAAUUAAUCAUCAAAAACCAUUCUCUGCCGAUCUUUCAAAUAGUUCAGGUGAUCAUGAUAUUCCAAUUCCUAUCAUAUGCCACCCUCUUCGUUGUUUCAUUUCUUAUAGUUAAAGCAACCAUUUCCAUCAAAACCCGUCCCAGGCUUCCCCCAGGGCCGGUUGCCUUACCAGUUAUCGGCCACCUCCACCUCCACCUCCUCAGCCCCUUCAUUCAUCAAACUUUUCACAAGCUCUCCUCCACCCAUGGCCCCUUGAUGUAUCUCCGUCUUGGCUCUGUUGAGUGCGUUGUGGCUUCUAAACCAGAGCUUGCCAAAGAGCUUCUUAAAACCUACGAGCUCAACUUCUCUUCCCGCAAGCACACCGCUGCCAUUAAUCACCUUACCUACAGCUCUUCCUUUGCCUUUGCACCCUACGGACCAUACUGGAAAUUCAUAAAAAAGUUGAGCACAUAUGAGCUCCUGGGGAACAGAACCCUUAGCCAGUUUCUUCCUGUUCGAACCAAGGAAUUACACCAUUUCAUAAGCCUUCUGCUUGAAAAGUCUAAAGUAGGUGAAACUGAUAUAACUCAAGAGCUAUUGAAACUAACCAAAAACAUUAUCUCACAAAUGAUGCUGAGCAUAAGGUGCUCGGGGACUGGAAACCCGGCCGACGAGGUUAGAACUCUAGUGCGAGAAGUGACUGAGAUCUUCGGGCAAUUCAAUGUCUUAGACAUCAUAUGGUUUUGCAAGAACUUGGAUCUGCAGGGAUUCCGAAAGAGAUUUGAGGACAUACAUCGAAGAUAUGAUGCAUUGUUGGAGACGAUUAUAAGAGAUCGAGAAGAAUCAAGAAAAAACAAGAAAGAGGGAAAAAAUGAGUCUGACAAAGGAAAUGAUCAUGACGAUGAGGUAAAGGAUUUUCUGGAUAUGAUGCUUGAUGUAUUGGAGGAUGACCACUCGGAGAUGCAGUUAACCAGAAAUCACAUUAAGGCCUUAAUCUUGGAUUUUUUGACAGCAGCUACAGAUACAACAGCAAGUGCGCUUGAAUGGGCUUUGGCAGAGCUCAUAAACCACCCAGAGGUGCUAAGAAAAGCUCAAAAAGAGAUUGAUCGAGUUGUGGGAAAAAGCAGGAUUGCAGAAGAAUCUGACAGUCCUCGGCUCCAAUACCUCCAAGCCAUAAUUAAAGAGACAUUUCGGCUUCACCCUCCAAUCCCGAUGAUCAGCAGAAAAUCAAUUGAGGAAUGCAAAAUCAACGGAUACACAAUCCCUGCUCACUCUUUGCUGUUUGUAAAUAUUUGGGGUAUAGGAAGGGAUCCUAAGGUCUGGGAGGAUCCGUUCAAAUUUCAGCCUGAGAGGUUCUUGAAAACCAAUGAAGCCGAUGGUUCAGGGCUUAUAGAUGUUAAAGGCUUCCUUUAUCAGCUGUUGCCUUUUGGUACAGGGAGGAGGGGCUGCCCUAGUAUGUCUUUAGCAAUGCAGGAGAUGCCCACCACUUUGGCAGCCAUGAUUCAGUGCUUUGACUGGAAGGUGGUGGCUACGCCGAAUAUUGGUGGUGUUGUUGACAUGAGUGAGCGGCCUGGACUCACAGCUCCAAGAGCCCAAGAUCUGGAGUGUGUUCCAGUUGCACGAUUUACUCCCGGUCUCUUUGCAACUUAA